AGUUACCACACACUGUAUCCAGAUCUGCGGAGGGAGACGCAGGCUCAGCUGACAGAUGAGGGGCCUCACUGGCUUCACCAAGCGGCUGCUCUCUGAAGAAGUAUUCAAGUGUUUGAAGAAAGAGGAGGAGGAGGGGGCGUCAGCUGAAGAGAAAGAACACACUUUUGGCGGAUAGUCAACACUGAAUGAAAAGACACCAUGGCGAGCAAAGGGACAGCCGGACAGAGCGAGCUGCAGGGCUCCUCAGACUCAGAGUCAGAGGCGGAGGGGGAGCCUCCUCGGAUGACCGAUUGGGGACCGUCCGCCUGGUCUGUCCCCUGCUCACAGGUCAUCCACAGCGGACACUUCAUGGUGUCAUCGCCCCACAGCGACACCGCGUCCCGCAGGAGGAAGAGCGGCACUUCUAUGAGAUAUGAUUUCGACACGGUGAAUAGGACGUGGUGCCAGACGUACCGGUACGGCCCGUUCAGCUCCGGGAGCCUGAGCAUCGACCCCACUCUGACACGCCUGUUUGAGUGCAUGUCCCUGGCCUACAGUGGUAAGAUAGUGUCUCCCAAGUGGAAGUCUUUUAAGGGUCUGCGGCUGCUGUGGAGGGAUAAGAUCCGUCUGAACAACGCCAUCUGGAGAGCGUGGUUCAUUCAGUAUGUGGAGAAGAGGAAGAACCCAGUGUGCGGGUUCGUCAGCCCGCUGGAGGGCUCUGAGGCAGACGCACACCGAAAGCCUGAAGCAAUCGUAUUAGAGGGCAGCUACUGGAAGCGAAGGAUCGAGGUGGUGAUCAAGGAGUAUCACAAGUGGAGGAUUUAUUAUAAGAAGAGGCUUCAGAAAAAGAAGGAUGAUAUUUUAUCGAUGCUACAAGAGGGUCAAAUCUGCCAGGCCAAGCUGGAGAAAUGGACCAACCAGAUGUAUCAGGAGCCUAAGGCCGCGCCGGUGGAAGCCCACAUGUUUGACCUGGACUGCCUUUUGUCCGACAUCUCCGACACCCUGUUCACCAUGACACAAAAGCCAUGCCCCUGGGCCAGUGACAGCCACAACACAUACACCAGCAAUGCUGAUAUGAUCCAGCCAGGCCUGACUCCACUACAGCCCAAUCUGGAUGAUUUCAUGGAUAUACCAGAUAUCUUUAUGAACUUCCGGGGCCAGCCCACAGAGCAGACUGGUUUUGCUGACUGUGGCUAUUUUGAGAACUCAUCCAGUGUAGCGUUUGCUCCAGUUACCUCCCCCGUGGUAACAACUCCUCAGCUACUUAUCAACACCCAGCUGACUCAGCCCAAUUUGUCAUCUGACAGUUUAUCUCAGCCCUCCUCAUCCAACACCCAGCCAGACCACAGCAGGCCAGGCCAGGAUUGUGGUGAAUACCACACACCCAGCAUGCCGUAUGGACACCAGUCGUACCCUGAUCCACCUGUUUCUAUAGCGUUCACCACCAGCAUCGAGCAGCCGGUCUCUGCAAGCAUCCCCUUUUUGUACCCACUGCCUUGCCACAAGUUCGGCUACCACACGACCACCAGCGUAACCUCGUCUGUCAUCACUCACACCGCCUCCACCACGGGAGCCCAGGGCCCCGUGCAGCAGGCUCAUGGCUACCCCCACUCAGGAGACGCAUACCCCCAGACUCCGUGCCAAUCUCUCAGUUACCCGGCUGUCAUGUCCGAGCCGGUCCACGCAGUGCUGCCCUCUGUCACCGCGGCCCAUUGCUUCUCAGUCCCGGAGCAGGUGUCCACCACGGGGGUCAGAGGGAAGCACAAGCAAAAGACAGGAGGAGUGAGGACAGCCGGUCACUCCGUGGCUCCGUCUGGCACCCAGUCCGCUGCACCCACAUCAACACCCACACCCACUAGCUGCCUGGCUAAACUGCUCUCCUCAGGCGCCCGCGAGCGGAAGCCAGCCCUUGGAUUUGAUACUUCUCUAGGGACAGCCAAAGGUCAGAGGUCAUCAUCUCCCAGCUCAUUGCAGUCAAGCAGUAGCACGCAUGUUGGAGGACCUCCGUCCCAGCUGCAGCAUGGAGCCGUCUGGCCCCCGGGGAUCCCAGUGAUGACGCCUCUGCACAGCCAAGGUGCCACAUUGGGUCAUAGCGGUCCUCACGCCAGCAGCUCCAGAGGCUCUACGGUGUCUGCCCUGCUCACCCACGGCUCAGCGCACAGCAACACAACCCUCCUCAUACCCAAGACGGAGAAACUAUCACCUGUCCAGCUCUACGGCACAGACAGGAGCAGCUUAACCGUCAAUUUCCCUCGACAUCCAGGCCAAACAUCACCGCCAAAUGCUUUAGACAAAGCCUCCAACCCAGAGUCCCCGCACUCAGGCUUCUCUGGACAUGGAAAGAUAGAAUCCAGUAAGCAAACAGAGACCAGGAGGAUAACUCAUAUCUCAGCUGAGCAGAAGAGACGCUUCAACAUCAAACUGGGAUUUGACACUUUACAUAACCUUGUGACAACACUCAGCUCUCAGCCGAGCAUAAAGGUACUGUCGUGUGAAAGGAUGUGCAGCUGCAUUAAAGACUGAUGCGCUGAAAGGUGAAGGCGGAGGGAAUCUGGAAAGAGGCUGUUUCAGUUGUUAACUCUUUAUGUUUCUUGUUGCAGCACGUGCCAGCAGCAGCUUCCUGCCACCGGUGUUCCCAUCACACGACAGCGCUUUGACCACAUGAGGCAGAAGUUCAGAGAGUACGUCCAGGCACAGACUCUGCAAAACUGGAAGUUCUGGAUCUUCAGUAUCAUCAUCGAGCCACUCUUCGAGUCCUAUAACGGAAUGGUGUCCACCGCCAGCGUGGAGGACCUGUGUAGAUCCACUCUGUCCUGGCUGGACCAACACUGCUCCCUGCCUUCUCUAAGACCCAUGGUCCUGAGUUCACUCCGUCUCCUGAGUACCACCACGGCCAUCCUGACAGACCCCAGCCUACUGCCAGAGCAGGCCACCCUCGCCGUCACCCAGGGCGACCCCGCUGCUGCCCUGGACCACUCCUUACAGCCCGCCACUCGGGACAAUAUACACCCCAUGUGACUGUGAUGAACAGACUCAGUGGAAAACCCGCCUGUGAGAGCCUGUGGAAUGAUUAAAAAAAAAAAAAAAAAAGACUCAUCAACACUCAGCUCCGAGACUUUUAAUAACGCAUAAUCACAUUUCAAUAAAACUCACCGGCUGCAAAAAGAAUGUACCCCCCCCCCCCCCCAAAAAAAAAAAAAAAAUCAUAGGAACUACAUGUGAUCUAUGCUUAAAUUCUGACCGAGGUAAAACAUACAUGUAAUAUACACUUGUUAUUAUUUCUAAGCUUCAGAAUCAUAUUUUGGUUAAAAGCAGUGAGCGGAAGGAGGUGUCAGUCACUGCGACUGUGAUGUAUUGCUUAAUUUUCUGUUGAAAUAAUUCGGUAACAUUAGUUGACAAAUCCAUUUAUUCUCAUUUCCUUUGACAUCUCAGGUCAUGUUUUGUGUGUUUAAUAUAUUUUUGCCUUCAAUUACUGUCAAUUACCCAAUGAAAUAUGUCCUAAUACAAGUCACACUUGUCUUAUGCUGUAUUACACACCAAUAGGUAAAGAAAAAAACAUUUUUAUAUGGCAGGGGUUAUUUCAGGAUAUAAUAUGGAGCCGUUUACAAAGUGGAGUCUGCGGACUACCAGAGGUCCUAGAAGGUGGUCCUAAGGGUGCCCAGUAAAAAUGAAAGAUAGUUACAUUAUGCAAUUAUCUACUCAUUAUAUGAGAAUGUGUAAAGGCGGCUGCUUUGAUUAGAGAUUUUUUAUUUGUGCUAUUUUACACUAAAUCCUAACAAGAAACAUCUCAGGGUCACCUUAGAAUAAGGGCAAAAGCUCACUAAACCUGAUGUUAUGUGAAAAGCCAAUGCAAGUGAUUAAUUAAGAGUAAAACACUGUGUGCAGUUUACAGAA